AGCAGUAAAAAAAAAUAGCAGAAACAAAUAAAAGGAACGAAAAAAUGGAAGGACGGCGACAUGAUCCUCCAGUCGCAAACAGAAGAAAGUCGUUGUGGCGAACAAUGUCGGUGUCAGGCGGAGCCGGAGCCGGAGGCGGCGGUGACAAUACGGCGAAGGCAAUAGUGGCCGAGCAGAUCUCGCAGACUGUUCAAUCCACAUCAAACCUUCUUCACCUCAUGCAGCAAUCUUCUCCUGCUCAGGCGAAACUUGUUAAGCUUCCCAAGAAUCUCUUGGAAAAAGUUUCCACUAUUAAGAAUACAGAGCAGGUUUUAGAGCAGUUGCCUCGAGUAAUAUCAUCACUUGAUGCACACAUGGAAAAUGGGUUGCAAAAUGUUCCACAUCUGAAGACUGUGGUUCAAUUACUUGCAAAUAUGGAAAGUAGCCAGCUUAGUUCACUAUCUCGAACCCAUGUUCUUCAGAAGGCUCAACCCAUUCCAGCAAACGGCACCAGUAGUGCAAUAUAUAUAAAAGAGGGUCAAAUUUCAGACAUAUAACUCAAAUAGCUUCCAUCAUCUUCACUUCACCAUUGCUAACGGAACUUGAACCAGGAAAUCAAUCUCAAGAGACGGAUUAAUUGAACUUUCAUUGUUUGGGAGUUUCACCUCUGAUCAAUUCAAGCAGAAUUUUUGGAAGCUUCGGACUGAUCAUCCUUGAUUUCAUCAAUAGCUGCUAUGUUUCUUCUUGUGUGUUUCUGCAAAUCAAAUAACAAAGUGCUGUCCCACAUUCCGAUAAUGUAUAUGGUAAUUCAACUGGAGAAAGCUGUCAACAUUAUUAGUUAUGACAAUGUGCCAAAUUUUCAGAUGGGGAAUCGUGUACUGUCCAAUGAGCUCGAUGUCAAGCUAUUAAUUGACGGAUUACAACUGCUAACAUAUGUAUAUGUGUACACAUUUUCAGCUUCUGCUUUUUUUUGGUUUUCUGAUUAUCCAACCUUUGCCAAACGGAUUGUGCAUCUUUUAUUCUCUUUACUUAAAUCAAUUUCCUUUUUUUUCUUGUUAUGAAAUGUACCCUUUCCAGAGCAGAGAACACAGAACAGCCAUCACUUCUGUGAUAAUAGUACUUCUACUACCUAUUACAAAUGUACAGAAGCACUUCUACUUCUAUGAUGAUAGCACACUGUCAUUUUUUAUUUAUGAACAGAAGGAAGAAAAAA